AUGAGUGAACAAAAACCAAAUUCAACAAACAAGACGACAUCCGAAUCAGCAUCAUCAAGCAAUGCUUCUUCGGAAGGAAAAAAGGUACAUCCUCAAGCAUGGUUACAAGCAAUGUAUAGUGCAGGAAGAGGAGGUUUAGCUCGAGGUGGUGGUGGACGUGGAGGUGGUCAUUCAUACAGAGGCAAUGGAAGAGGAGGACACUACAGAGGAAAUAAUCAUCAUCAUCACGGAGGAGGACGUGGAGGGCACUAUAAACCAAGAGAUAAUUACAGAAAAAGAGACGCUUCUGAAGUGGUUGCAGAGGAUGAUUCUGAGGAAAACAAGUCAAAGGAACCAAAAAUUGAAAAUGAAGUUGCAACUGCCUCUUCCUCCUCUUCAGAAAAUAAUGAACAUGAUUCACAGGAUGGAAAUAAGGGUGAUUUGAAUGAGGAAAAUAUUCCUGAAUAUAUCAAAUUUUUGCAAGAUUACAAAAAGAAUUACAAGAAUCCAAUCUUUUCAAUGCUUUACAAAAAACCAAUGGAAACACCAGAGGAUAUUGAAAAGUAUAGAGAGGAACGUAGAAAGAACUUUCCAACUAAAAAGCAUAUUAUUGAAAAGGAAAAGGUACUUGCUGAGAGAAGACAAAAAGGUGAAAUUAUUGUAGGUGCCUCUGAAAAGGUAAAAUCACUUCUCAAAGUUAUGGGUAUUGAAAAGGAUAAGAGAGAUGACAAUGAUGAAGAAGGUGAGGAAAUGAGAUCGAAAUCAUUAAUCAAAAACUUGCUGACACAAGAAAUUUCACAAGAUAAGAUGAUUCUGUUACAAUGUUUCAGACAUAUCAUUUUUGAAAAUUUCUUUUGUGAGGAGAGUGAAAUGUCAAGUGAAGUGAAAGAAAAAUUGACCAAGAUUAAAGAGUUAACCAAAGCAGAAAUGAAGAAAUUAGAAGAAUAUAGAAAGAAGAAAUUGGGACUUGUAGAUGAGGAGCUUAUUUCCCCAAGUGAAAAGACAAGUGAUCUGAAAGAAUUUUCCUCAGAUGAUGAAUUUGGAGAAAUGAGCGAUAAUGAAAAUAAUGACGAUGAAGAUGACUUACUCGGUGAUGCCUCCUCUGAAACACAACAAAUUGAUAAGAUUUUAAAGGAAAUUGACCAAUAA